AGCACUCAUAGAAGAAAGUCAACGCUAUACAUCAGUGAUACCUUCAUUUCAAACCAAAGGCAUACAGAAUGGAUCUCUCUCGAAAUACAUUUAGGUGAACUGGACCUAUUUUUUUUAUCAUCAACAUGUGGUGCUAAAUGCAUAUCCUAACGGCAUCUUUCCACAAGUGUGUAACUAUAUAUAGCGCUUGAGUGCCGCCACAACAGCGCGCUCGGACGCGCAUUUUACGCACAAUGGAGAGCCUGCUGAAAGAAACGAUUUUCUGGCCCUUCAACGACUCCUGUGCAAAUUCAAGCAAGGGAAACGACAGCAGAGGAUUUAACCAACCCGUAAACCCUCUGAAGCGCAACGAAGAAGUGGCGAAAGUCGAAGUAACCGUCCUGGUGUUGAUUCUGCUGCUGGCGCUCGCCGGCAACCUGUGCGUCCUUGUGGCUAUCCAAACGAGUAAACACGUUCAGUCGCGGAUGUACUAUUUUAUGAAACACUUGAGCAUAGCUGACCUGGUGGUGGCGGUUUUUCAAGUUCUCCCUCAACUUAUCUGGGACAUCACCUUUCGCUUUUAUGGACCAGACUUUUUGUGCCGCCUGGUGAAGUACCUACAGGUGGUUGGCAUGUUUGCAUCCACUUACAUGCUCGUGCUGAUGUCUAUCGACAGAUGUUUGGCUAUAUGGCAGCCUCUGCGUUCCCUGCGCCGUCGAAAGGACCGUUUUUUCGUGCUGACCUCUUGGAUUAUAAGCCUACUAUUCAGUUUGCCACAGGUGUACAUCUUCUCCCUCAGAGAGGUGGGCGACGGGGUCUUCGACUGCUGGGGGGAUUUUGUUCAGCCCUGGGGCGCAAAGGCUUACGUUACGUGGAUUAGUCUCACAAUCUACAUCAUUCCUGUAGCCAUUUUAAGCGUUUGUUAUGGACUUAUAAGUUAUAAAAUAUGGCAAAACUUUAAGCUGAAGACCCGGCGCGACCAGUGUCUGUCCUUGACCCCGCGGCCUACCAAGGGCACCGCGCUCUCCCGCGUCAGCAGCGUCAAGUUGAUCUCCAAAGCUAAGAUCAGGACGGUGAAAAUGACGUUUGUGAUCGUCCUGGCUUAUAUCAUAUGCUGGACGCCGUUUUUCUUCGUACAGAUGUGGUCCGCCUGGGAUCCAGUGGCUCCAAGAGAAGGUUAUGUAACUUUCUGUGUUACAAGCUCUUGGCAUUCAGGCACGGGUGCAAUGAGGAGCACCAGCAGUCAGAAGAGUGUGACGCAGUCCUCUAUUACAUGAGAGAAAGUUGGAAUACAUGCAGCUCGUAUUGCCGUCAUGGACAGAUCAAUAAGAUAACAUAAGCUAAGGAAUCAUUUCAUAUGAUUUUUACAGCUUAAAAU